AUGGCGGCGUCACGACUUUUUGCGAGGAGGACCAUUGUCCUCAUAAUCGUGGUCUGUGCCUUCAUGUCAGUGCUGAUGUUGACGUCGAAACAGCUCGGCCAGCUUUGUGACGGCGGAAGCUAUUGCGACAUCUCUGGCUUGCGAGAAAAGCUACCCAAGUUUGGAAACGAUGGCACAAAUGGCCAUAAUACCAAUGCAAACGACAAGUCUCGCAAAGGAGGCCAACAUGUCGAACAUGACUCCGAGUCUUCCACGCUUGACGACGAGUGUGCGCUAUUUCCCAACACCUCAAGCGUCCAACUUAUUAUGAAGACCGGAGCCUCUGAAUCCUAUUCCAAGAUUCCUACACAACUCAUGACCAACCUAAAAUGCGUACCCGACUUCCUCUUCUUUAGUGACAUGGCUCAAAAGAUUGCGGGUUACACAAUCCACGAUAGUCUCGAUACCGUGCUGGACGAAGUUAAGGAAAAGAACAAAGAUUUCGAGCUGUAUCACCGUCAGAAGAAAUGUCCUAUCGACCAGGAGCAGUGCAAUAAGAACCACGACGUUGCCAAACAAGGGUGGGACUUGGACAAGUAUAAGAACAUUCACAUGGCCGAAAAGGCGUACAAGCUGCGACCCAAUGCCGACUGGUAUUUGUUUGUUGACGCCGACACAUAUGUUGUUUUCCCGACCUUGAUGGAGUGGCUCAAGGCUUUGGACCCCAACAAGCCUCAUUACAUUGGGAGCGUCGCCUAUCUGGGUGGAUUUCCAUUUGGACAUGGCGGCAGCGGCUAUCUUGUAUCAAAAGCGGCCAUGCAUGCCAUGUUUUACGGCAAGACUGGCGUUGCGAAUAAAUACGACGAACCUGUUCAGCAUACUUGUUGCGGCGAUUACAUGUGGUCUAAGGCUCUAAAGGAUGAAACUGGCAUCGAGGUCGUCAAUGCUUGGCCUGUCAUCAAUGGGGAGAAACCGCACACCUUACCAUAUGCCGAAGACGAGUGGUGCCAACCUAUUGUUACCAUGCACCACGCCGCUGCCGAAGAUAUCUCAGACAUAUACGCGUUUGAAAAAGAGCGCAAGUUUCAAAAAAUGCUACGAAUUAAGGACCUGUAUCAUAAGUUUAUGGGACCGGAGCUCGUGGAGGCUAGACCGGACUGGGACAAUCUGAGCGAAGACGUGUAUUAUCUAAACAAGACGCGCGCCGCGUACGAAGACUGGGAGUUGGGCCGAGCCAAGAACGAUGACCUGUCGGCCGAGGAAGCCGAAGCCUACAAGAGUUUCGAUGAUUGCAAGAAGGCUUGUUUGAGCAUGGACAACUGCUUCCAGUUUCGCUAUCAAAAUAGCAUCUGCGCCGUUGCCCACAAAUUUAUGCACGGCAAACCCGUCAAGAAGGGCGACGACGACUCGAAGCGAUACAUGAGUGGGUGGAACGUGAAGAAAAUCAAGGAGUGGAUCGAGGAACAAGCCGAUUGCGACAAGAAACAAUUCAAGUGGCCAGUGAAGGAUAGGUAA